AUGAGGGAGGCGGACAUUUCGAAGAUGAAGCUCCCCAACUAACCAGUGGCGCUUCGUUUUCUUCAGCUCUCGAUUUUACCCCCGAAACUUCUCUUUAAAUUCCCGUCUUGUACCGAUUCUCUGGUUCAUCCAAAUCGCCGGAAAAUCUCUCUCUCUCGUCUGCAUUUUCCUUCCGCCAAUGGAGUCCUCCGCCGCUGUCCGAUCCUUCAACUGUUCUGUAGGCACGGUUUCCCAUGUCGGGUCCUUGCUUGACAAGCGUGGUAUGUUGCCUGUGUACAAUACCAGAAGGCCCACUCCAAGUAGAUCAUAUUUCCAAGGCUUGAUGGUUAGUGAGAAGUUCAUUUAUUCUUCACAAAAGCGAAAGGGAGUGCUAGUAUCAUGUGUGAAGACAUCUGAAGCUGCUAAGACUGAAAAUUCCAGCGUUUCAGCAGAUAGUAAACCACAACGCUCAUCAGAGAAAGCUGCCCAGCCCACAAUUUUUCCUAGUGGAUUCGAGGCACUGAUGCUAGAAGUCUGUGAUGAGACAGAGGUUGCUGAACUGAAACUUAAGGUUGGAGACUUUGAAAUGCAUUUGAAGCGGAAUAUUGCAGUCACCAGUGCUCCAGUGCCUAGCAUCUCACCAGCAACACCACCACCUGUUCCAUCUAAACCUAUGGAUUCAACUCCUGCUCCCCCUCCAGCAUCACCACCAAAAACUUCUGAAAAAACCACUCCAUUUACAAAUGUAUCUGUAGACAAGUUAUCAAGGUUAGCAGCCUUGGAGGCUUCUGGUGCUAAGGGAUAUGAUCUGGUUUCUUCUCCUACGGUUGGUUCAUUCCGCAGGGGAAGAACGGUGAAAGGAAAGAAGCAACCUCCCAUCUUUAAAGAGGGUGAUUUGAUAAAAAAAGGACAGGUAAUCGGAUAUGUGGAUCAGUUUGGCACCGAACUUCCUGUGAAGACUGAUGUGGGUGGAGAAGUUUUGAAGCUCCUCUUCAACGACGGAGAAGCAGUUGGUUUCGGAGACCCCCUUAUCGCUGUCUUGCCCUCAUUUGCCGGUAUCCAGUGAGCUCUCACUCUCUAUCUUUCUCUUCCCUGUAAUCGCUAUUGAAAAGCUCCGAAGCUUGCUGUUUUCCGCAGUCAAUUCUUCCCGUCGUCUGGUUUACCUUGUGGCAUUAGAGGACACGUAAAUUUUGCGAUAUGUAUUUCGAUAUUUAUGGUCAGUAAAAUUGACUCUGGAUCGAUCGAGCAAUAAUUUGAUUUAGCUUUUAUUA